AUGAUGGAGGAUUAUGGGGGCUGUCCACCAGUCCCUGUUCGGAUCAUGUAUGCUCUCGGAAUAGUGACACUGUUCCCGUGCCUGAGGGAUCCGUUUUCAGAGACAGGAUAUGAGCAUUUUUAUGAUCCAGUAGGCACCACAGGAUUCCUUGAUACACCGGGUCUGAUAGAACAAGACUUCGCAAUGAUGUUUGGGGAGGAGGUUUCUAACCGAUUCCUGUCCAAGUGGCCCACUUUCUUUAAAAAUCGGGUCCUGGAGGAGUGUGAGGGCUUGUAUUGCAGUGAUCGUGUGGAUGCACUUUUAACUGAAGAUGGUUGGGAUAGUGACUUGUCCAGUGUGUUGCUUUUAGUACACCUGCUCCCAAAGGCAUCAAGAAAAGUGCUAAAAUUAGCGCUGCACAAGCAAUCAAAAAGCUUGUGCAAUACUUACAGAUUGGUGUCAGCAUCGAAGUCUUCCUUGCUGGACUUGAGCCUGGACAGCCUCUUCUACUCUGCAUAUCCAGUCUUCCGAAUGAUGCUAACCAUCAACAACGUAUAA